AUGGGGGACGGCCAGCAACAGCAGGCGCCGCCAUCGCAGCAGGUCCAACAGCCUCAAUCUAUCCAACAGUUACAGACUCAGAGGGUGUCGGAUAUUGUUCGUAGCUUUCGACCUACAAAGGCAUUCAAACUAUCCAAGCCAGAUGCUCAAAACUUUGUAACCUCACUGGAUUUCGAUGACCAGGGUGACUACUUGGUGGCGUCGGGAGAUGAUGAGACGAUACAGAUAUACGAUGUCAAAGAGGGUAAACACAACAAGUCGGUUCCGAGCAAAAAAUAUGGUGCCCAUCUGGCAAGGUUCACACACCAUUCUCGUCAGAUUCUCCACGCUAGCACGAAGGUUGAUGAUUCGUUGCGACUACUUGACCUCCACAACGAAGGAUAUGUGCGAUAUUUCGCCGGCCAUACGGACAAAGUGACCUGUUUAGCCGUCUCUCCGGGCAGCGACUCAUUCAUUUCUUGCUCAAAAGAUGAUACUAUUGCACUGUGGGAUCUGGGCUCAAGAAACGCGCAGGGGAAACUGCAACUGGCUACGCCAUAUCUUGUUGCUUUUGAUCCCUCCGCUUCUGUUAUUGCAAUCGCAACGCAGUCAACAUCUUCCAUCCUCCUUUACGACUUCCGCAAUUAUGACAAGGCCCCGUUCUCGACUUUCGAUCUUGCCCCUUACGAGGAGAAAUAUACCCCAUCCACGCGUGGCAGAGCCUGGACACGUCUGGAAUUCUCUAAUGACGGGAAGUUCUUGCUCGUUGGAACCGAUUACCAUGGUCACUUCAUCCUUGACGCCUUCGAUGGUACGGUGAAGACUUUCUUAGUCGGCAGGAAUGGAUCGCCUGGGAGAGCAGCACCGGUUUCAACAACGGGUAAGCCUCUCGGCCAAGGGGAUGCGUGCUUCUCUCCGGAUGGGCGAUUUGUUCUCAGCAGCUCUGGAGAUCAUCCGGAUGUUCUCGUCUGGGACAUGCAGCAGAUAUCCCCUGAAUCCAACGGUUUUCUACAGCCGACGUACAAGCUACCUCAUCGCAAUCGGACCGCUUUGAUUGAGUACAACCCGAGAUACAAUAUGAUUGCUUCUGCCGAUAAGGACAUUUUCUUCUGGCUACCAGAAGAUAGCUACCGCCCCUCGGAGAAGUAA